AUGAAAAAUUGUGUAAGAUAAGCAUUCAGAUCAAAUUCAGCAUUAAGAGGAGCAUGGUCAUAAAAUUAUUUAUAAAGACCAGGAGAAGGACAAUUAAAAAAUGUGACUGUGCUUCCAGGAGAUGGAAUAGGUCCUGAAAUUACUAGAAGUGUCAUGUAGGUUUUCGAAGCUUUACAUGUACCUAUAAAAUUCGAUGUGUUGGAAAAUUUCAAUUUUGAUAAUGAUGAAUAAAGAAGUUUGUUGAAAAAAAAUGAAUGCAUCUUAUUGGGAGUCAUGACUGAAAAAAAUUAAAAAUAUACAGAUAAUUACAGAUUUUAUAAAUACUUAGAUUUAUAUGCCAAUAUUACUUUUGCAUUUUCAGUUGAAGGCAUCAAAUAGAGACAUAACAACACAGACAUUGUUGUCAUUAGAGAGAAUACAGAGGGAGAAUAUUCAGGAGUCGAACAUGAAGUCUAUCCAGGAGUCGUUGAAUCAAUCAAAGUUACAACUAAACAAGCAUCUCUAAGAAUUGCUGAAUAUGCAUUUGAAUUUGCUCAUCUAAGUGGAAGAAAGAAGGUCACUGCAGUCCAUAAAGCAAAUAUAAUGAAGUUGGUUGAUGGACUAUUUCUAUCUGCCCAUAGAGAAGUUGCAUAAAAAUAUCCUUUUAUAAAAUACGAAGAAAUGAUUAUUGAUAAUUGUUGUAUGUAGUUGGUGAAGAAUCCUACUUAAUUUGAUGUGAUGGUCAUGCCUAAUUUAUAUGGUUCAAUUGUUCAAAAUGUAGUGGCUGGUAUUACAGGAGGAGUAGGAAUGGCUGCAGGUGCAUCUAUUGGUAGGGAUCACGCUCUCUUUUCACAAGGAUGUAGACAUACAGGUAGAGAUAUAGCAGGAAAAAAUAUUGUCAAUCCUUCGGCUUUGCUUGUGUCCUCUUCGUUAUUAUUGAGACACUUAGGAUUGCCCAAUUUUGCUGAUUAAAUAUGCAGUGCUGUUUAAGAAACUAUUCAAGAUAGAAAACUUAAAACUAAAGAUAUUGGAGGUAAAGCCAGUACUGAAUAAUUUACAAAAGAGGUUAUCAAAUGCUUAGGCAAGUGAUUAAUUAUUAUUCACGAUUAUCAAAUCCACAUCAAUUAAAUAUAUUUCUAUC